AUGCAGGUUUCUCCGCCGCUAAUCGUGGGGAUGGUGAAGUCGGAGCUGACCAGCAAGUACGAUCUGAGCUCGCUUCUGGUACUGGGCUGCGGCGGGGCUCCGCUCGGGAAGGAUGUCGCUGAGAAGUUCAAGGAGAAAUUCCCCAACGUGGACAUCAUCCAGGGAUAUGGGUUGACGGAGAGCGGGGGAGGGGGAACGAGAAUGAUGGAUGCGGAGGAAAUGAAGAACUACGGGUCGGCGGGUCGGAUCUCGGAGAAUCUGGAGGCCAAGGUUGUGGAUCCGGAAACAGGGGAGGCUCUGGGUCCUGGCCAGAGAGGGGAGCUUUGGUUGAGAGGCCCAGUUAUCAUGAAAGGUUAG